CGUGCACCAUCUCUAGCUUAAAUUUCUAACUUGUUGCUCGGCCGGACUUGUCGGGUAUCGUUCAGUCGUGCGGAUGCUGUGGUUUUGGUCACUCCUUCUUGGCUAGUGAGACAUAAAUUCGAAACGGGAUUACGAAAGACGUCGGUCUGGCUGGCUGGGAGAGCGAGAGAGUCCUGUGGUGACAAGGAUCUACCGCCACAAUAGUAUAGUUGAUAGGAAAUCCACCGAAUCGUGACUUCCAGCCAUGCGUUCCGUUUUAAUUACGUUCACCGGACUGAUGGGAUUGGCUUGGGCCUCCCCCGCCCCCGUCCUGGUGCUGGUGGCGAACGGAAGUGAUAUCACAAUCAAUCUGUCCGGUGACACCAGCAACAACCGGCUGGUGAGCGUGGUCAGCGAUGCCGGAAACAAUAAUCCGUCCGUGUUUGACUGGGUCGGCGGUAACGGUGCGAACAAAGCCCCGAGGUUGGCCGUCGGUGGAGGAGGGGAGCCUGGCGGCGGUGCCAACAAUAAUGGCGCCGGAAGUGCAGCGCUGAUUGAUGCACUGUUGAAGAGAGUACUCGCGGCGACGGAACCGAACAUCCGGCCACCGGCAUCGGAGCCCGAGGAUGACGAUGGUGGUAAAUCGCGGCCAACCGAUGCAGUGACGGGAGUGACGCGAUCAAAUGAGGCAAGGACGUUGAGUGGAACGACGGAAUCGGUCGCGGUUACGUGGAGUACGAAGAGGAAGGUGGACCCAGCAGUGGAAUUAGAAGAUAUUUGAUUUCUUGGAAAUAAGAUGUUUAUUGUUGCAAAGUA